AUGCAAGACACAUCACAACCACCACCACAUAAAGACAUUAUCAUUCCCUCACCACCAAAACAAGUUCGCUACACCACGCUCCCCAAUGGCAAACGAACGAUAGUGUUUCAGCGCAAAUACGACAAACUCAUUCUCUUGCUGCACAUUCACAAAUCAGCCGGCAGUUUCUUGUGCAAACGUGCCUUUGACAAUCGAUUGGCGGCACCCUACGCUUCCAAUUGCAACAUCCAAGAAAAUCAAUAUUGUUGCGGCAGCAAUGAUACACAAAUUGGAUUGCAGGACUUUGUCAAUGCAACACCCUUUGAUUUGAUUGCGACCGAACGAGAACUCCAAGAGACCAUGGAUACAAGUCUGGUGGAUUAUGUGGUUUCCUUACGGGAUAGCAAGUCUCGGUAUUAUUCCCAUUACCAACAUGUCUUGCGCCAUUGGUAUUCUAGUAGUAGUCCGGAAGGAGGAGUCACUAUCACUAAACCAGUAGUAGGAGUAGUAGUAGGAGUAGGAGUAGUAGUGAAUGAAACAUCGGCAUGGCUAGGAAAUAAUACAAACAACAAUGAUGAUCCAAACAACAACUCUUCUCGAAUUGCCAUUGCCGAAUUUGAUCCAAUCCAUCACGCCGAUACGGACAAUUUCACAAGGUGGACCCAAGGACAACCCGACAAUUGGAAUCUUCGGAUUAUUUGUGGUCCAAGGUGCAAAUCCAGACCCAAAUUUCAAAUCACUCACGAACUCUUUCAGUAUACCCUCCAACGGCUCGCCUCUUUUCAGCAUGUCAUCUUUGUGGAAGACAUGCAAGAGUCGUACAAUCAAAUGGCAUUGACGUACCAAUGGAAAGUCAUUGACGAGAAUGACAAAAAUGCCAAACCAACCAAACGGGGCAAUUACAACAAGACGGACGUGACCAUGGCUCGAUGGAAUCCACUCAUGUCGGCAUUGGACGAUGCCUUGUACGAAUUUGCCAAACUCAAAUACUACAGCGGUGGUUCAUCAGAGUUGCCCUACGAGUUUGUGAAUCAAGCGCAAGUGGAUGAGUACUUUGCAUUGGGUCCAUUGCAGAAUUGUACCAAUGUUUGCUGUGGACAAUGUACACCCUACUGA